AUGGACAGUGAAAAUGGUGCCUGUGCAGAGACAUUACUAGUGGUUGCCGAGCUGCGCCCGGCGGGCCCCAGCGCCGGUCGCCCGGAAUGCGGCCUCCGCCCCGCCGCGCGACGCGUUGCCGGCGCCGAGCGCUCGCGUAGCGUAAUAAAUAAAGGCGGGGCACCGUUGCGUGCGCGCGCACCAUCCCGCGCCCUUCAUCCUCAGGUCAUUGACUCGUACUCCCUCGCUACCGUCGCCAUCACCGGUGCUACUGCCUAG